AUGUCAUUUAAAUUAGAUUUUUAUUGAUUCAAUUAUAAUUCGAUAUAAAUUUAUUCUUAUUCAUCGAAUAUAAAAACGGAGCGGUUACAUCAGACUCACGCACACACACGCCCGGUUACAAUAAUCAAUUCUGGCCGAAAACUCGAACCGGUACGUCUCGAAAUUCGGUCGACGUACGUUAAGAGUCUCAAGAGCUUAAAGUGGGCAAUGUCGAUGGCCUUUACCAGUCUGUGCGUCUGUUGGCAGACUGGCGAUGGGGCCACCUUCUCUCUCAUCUUCCUCGUCAUCACCGUCACCUUUUCCUUCUUCUUUCCUCGUUCUUCGGCGACGGCCUGACGUAACCGAACGGCCAAGGAAGUCGCCGGGAUAACUGGACACCAUCAGUCUGCUCGGCAGUUCUUCUUUGCCGGACGUAGAGUAUUGUUGAGCAUUGAAUCACACGUUGUUGGCCGUCGCGACGUCGGUUUCUUAGCGCAGAGUGAUGUACCCACGAUAAUAAUUGAUUUGAUAAAUAUGAUCUGAAUUUAAAGAAAAAAUCCUGGGUUACGGACGACCUUUGGAAGGGUAAAAGAAAAAAAUGCGAAAUUCAUCACGAGGACUUCGAAGGUAUACGUUUUGUCUUCUGUAUUGGUCGUGUUUCGUUAGUUUAUUUACGUUAAUAAAAUGUGGAGAUUUAUGGCCAAUGGACAAACCGGAAGAUAUGCCAUCAAUUCAAUCAUUAGAAGUAAUGUGCGGAAAAGAUCACAUGGACGUUCAUUUAACAUUUUCACAUCCAUUCGAAGGGAUUGUAUCAUCAAAAGGACAACACGGUGACCCACGGUGUGUUUACGUGCCUCCAUUAACCGGGCAAUCAUCAUUUUCGUUCCGAAUCGCGUACACAAGAUGCGGAACAAAACCGGAUCUUCACGGUCAAUUUUACGAAAACACCGUUGUCGUUCAAUACGAUAAGGAUUUAUUGGAAGUAUGGGAUGAAGCGAAAAGACUGAGGUGCGAAUGGUUCAAUGAUUACGAGAAAACAGCGUCAAAACCGCCGAUGGUUAUUGCCGAUUUAGAUGUUAUCCAAUUGGAUUUUAAAGGGGAUAAUGUUGAUUGUUGGAUGGAAAUCCAACAUGGAAAAGGUCCGUGGGCUCCACCAGUAACUGGAAUAGUUCCGUUAGGAUCAACUUUAACUUUAGUUGUAGCUAUAAACGAUUAUAAAGGAGAAUUUGAUAUGCGAGUAAAGUCUUGUAUAGCAUCCGAUGGAGAUAACCACAUAAUCGAAUUAUCCGACGAUAAAGGAUGCGUUUUACGCCCGAAAAUGAUUAGCAGGUUCUUAAAAGCGCGAGGAGUCGAUGAUAGAGCCUCAAUAAUAACAUACGCUUUCUUUCACGCAUUUAAAUUUCCCGAUACUCUUAGCGUACACAUCAAGUGUAAAGUGGAAGUUUGUCGUCACGGAUGUUUAGAUCAUUGUCAAGAUCAAUUAAUAAAUGGUGUGGGAAAUGAUUUUGAGGAUCAUUUUAAUUCGAUUGAAAGAAAAGAUACGAAUAAUAAUAACAAAAAGAUUGAGGACGAUAAUAAUAAUGUGGCGUCUAUUGAUAUUGGAGCUGGUUUUCCAUCGAAUGGAAAAAGUAAUAAAAAAAAUAAUGGAAAUAAACGAUUUUCGAGUGAUGUAGGAAAUGAAAUUGCUGCACUUCCAUUUAAAGGACCAUUUCCGCAUGGACCCCGACAAUUAGAAGAACAACAAAUUGGAACACCAAGAAGUUUAUCGGAUUUAUCUGAUACAACAACAAUAAAAGAAGAUACAAUUAACGAAAAAAUUAAAUCUCGUAAAAAACGUCAUCAAAUUUUAGAUAGGAAAACGAGAAGUGCUGAUGUUGGAGUGUCCGGUAUUUACAAAGUUAUAUCCGAAGCGGAUUUAGCUUUCAGUCCCGAUGCUAAAACUGAAUCGGUUACGAUAUUUCAAGGAAAAAUUCGCGAAGAAGUUAUUUAUGGAAUUUGUAUGCCCGUUCCCGGUUUUAGUGCAUUAUUUGUUAUGAUUGCGAUUUCUGCUGCCGUUAGUACAUUAGUAGCUGUGUCUUUACUCUAUCGGUAUCAACUCCAAAAAGAAAAUUCAACAUCGGGGAGACAAAUAAUUGAAAGUCAAACUUUGCAAUUAUCGACGUUUACGAAUGUUAUGAAAUUAUUUAAACACGAUAAUAAUAAUAAGAAUGGGGUUAAUUUACAAGAUUUUAAAAAUGGGAAGGUUAAACAAGAAAUAAGUGAAAUUGAACAAUAAAAAAAUUAUUAAAUGGCUAACCUAAAAAUAUUAUUUAGCUAACUUCAUGUUUAUUAUUGACAUUAAUGACGUAAAUUAUAACCUAAAAUUAGUUUUUGGGUUAACCAUUUUUUUAUUGUUUAAUUUUGAAUAAAUCUUUUUUAAUAAUUUAAUUUUAUAGGAUUUAGGUGAAAAUGUGGGCAAAAAUGCAAUAAUGAAGAUGACAAUGUAAAAAAAUUAAAUAAAAUACCUAAUUUAUUUUUUUCAAUAAUUAAUUUCGUUUUAAUCAUUUUCGUUUUUAGAAUUUUAGAUUAAACUCGGGAUAUGGUAGAAAUAAGAAGAAAAUCUUGGUCUUUAUCUUUUCCGCAUCUCCAGUUCCUAAUUCUUGUUGUAAAUAGAAAUUUUACGCAAAAAAAAGAUUAUUUCAAUUUCUCUUUUUAUUUUUAAUUUUUUCGUUGUUUAAUUUCGAAAACUUUCAUUUAAGACUUGUACAUAUUGUACUUUUUUGUAUAGUAUUACUUGUAUUUUGUAUUUUUGCUUAAGUUUUUUUUUGUUAAUUAAAAAGAGUUAAAAGACAUUACACCUCAUUGUUUAAAGUUUAAGAUGUUUAAAUUAAAAGAUAUUUUUAUUAAAAUGUAUUAGAUUAGAGUAGGUUGUAAGAUUUUUAUGAGAUAACGUGGAUUUAAAGUUAAUCUGCUUAAUUUUUUUUAUAAAAAAACAUAUCACAGUA